GGAGAACUCAGAGUGGAAUUUAGAGAACGAAGUGAAGCUGCUUGACCGGGUAAAGGGAGGCGGGGGCGGCUGCCCUGCCCAGCGAGGACGGUUCGGGUCCACUUGGGUGGAGGAUUGGGGACCAAGCUGAAAGCGAUGCCCGGGGGCCUGCAUGAUUUCUUUCUGGCCACGACCCCGCCCUGAACUAUGCUUGGGAAUUGCGCCACGUCUCCCGCUUGAAUCCUCCCCACUUGCGGCUCUGGGACUGAUGAUGUGGCGACCGUCACUUCUGCUGCUGCUGUUGCUGCUCAGGCGCGGAGCCCAGGGAAAGCCAUCCCCUGACGCCGGCCCUCAUGGCCAGGGGAGGGUGCACCACGCGGCCCCCCUGAGCGAGGCCCUUCAUGAUGACGCUCACGGGGACUUCCAAUAUGAUCAUGAGGCUUUUCUGGGACGAGAAGUGGCCAAGGAAUUCGACCAACUCACCCCAGAGGAAAGCCAAGCCCGUCUGGGGCGCAUCGUGGACCGCAUGGACCGCGCCGGGGACGGGGACGGCUGGGUGUCGCUGGCCGAGCUCCGCGCGUGGAUCGCACACACGCAGCAGCGGCACAUACGGGACUCAGUGAGCGCGGCCUGGAACACGUACGACACAGACCGUGACGGGCGUGUGGGUUGGGAGGAGCUGCGCAACGCCACCUACGGCCACUACGAGCCGGGUGAAGAAUUUCACGACGUGGAGGAUGCAGAGACCUACAAGAAGAUGCUGACACGGGACGAGCGGCGUUUCCGGAUGGCUGACCAGGAUGGGGACUCAAUGGCCACUCGGGAAGAGCUUACGGCCUUUUUGCAUCCUGAGGAGUUCCCUCACAUGCGGGACAUCGUGAUUGCUGAAACCCUGGAGGAUCUGGACAAGAACAAAGACGGCUAUGUGCAAGUGGACGAGUACAUCGCGGAUCUGUACUCGGCAGAGGCCGGGGAGGAGGAGCCAGCCUGGGUGCGGACGGAGCGGGAACAGUUCCGGGACUUCCGAGAUCUGAACAAGGACGGGCAGCUGGAUGGGAGUGAGGUGGGCCACUGGGUGCUGCCCCCUGCCCAGGACCAGCCGCUGGUGGAGGCCAACCACUUGCUGCACGAGAGUGACACGGACCAGGACGGGCGUCUGAGCAAGGCUGAGAUCCUGGGCAACUGGAACAUGUUCGUGGGCAGCCAGGCCACCAACUACGGCGAGGACCUGACGCGUCACCAUGAUGAGCUCUGAGCCCCAGCGUGCCCACUGCAGCCUUGUCGCCCCAUGGGCUGACCCGCAGAGGGGCCCCAGUGGCCAGGGCCCCCUGUCCAGCCCUGCAGGAUGCGGACACAGCCUCCGGUGUCCCCCUGCUCCUGGGCUCUCACAGACCCACCAGGUCAACUUCUCUCCCUGAGACAUCACAGACCCUCCCAGAUCCCCCCAGGGGCUCACAGACCCAAAGUGAGGGACCACCCACUUCUCACUGGCAGAGUCUCCCCGCCCAGACCAAGGCCCCCUACGCCAAGCUCAGCCUCUAAGAGCCUCCACUAACCCCCAGAUCCGAAUCUGAGCCUCACACCACAGAGACGAGAAACACUCCCCCAGGUGCCCCGAACUCGCCCCCAGCACUUGCCCAAAGGAUGCCUCCUCUCUGCCAGGGAAGCAGUAAAAUCUAGUGCUGGGGCCCCA